CGAGUUCUCUACCGUAGAGAUAGAUUUUAGUUCUUUUGUUGCUGUAAAACGGUUGCACUUGUGCGAUGAAGUAUUUUAAUCAGAACAACAAAAUGGUUCUUAGAAGAAGGGUGAGCUGUAUUUAUCAAGCCCUUCCCCCGCAAAAAUUCAUAAGGCAUGAUGCUUCUAAUUCGGAGGAUUAUUUUUAUGGUGGUGUAUUGGCAGAUGCUGCUGUUUGGCAGCCUGGACUGAAUAAAGAAAUGGUUAGCAGAAAGAAAAUUUUGUCUCGAUCUCGUGACGGUCUUAAUACAGACUUCAGUCAGGAAGAGGAAGACGAUGUUUGGUUUCAAAAGGAUAGACUUUUCAAGGAUCAUAUUCAAGAAGUGUUAAAUAAAUGGAAACAAAUUGAUGAUGAAAUUUGGGCCAAGAUAAUUGUCAUGGAAAGGAACCGUCGAGUUGCUAAAGCUUAUGCCAGGGCUCCAGUAUUGACAAUAAAUGGCUCUGAUGAUGGAUUUGACGGAUACAGAAUUGGUCUCUGUGGAUUUGAUAAUCCGAUGCGAGAUGCAAAAACUGAAGAAAUCAAGAAGCAUAUUGGACAUGGUGUGAAGAUAAAGAUGGACGACUCCGGAAAUAUAAUGGUGAAAAGAAUAAGCAAGUCAAAUGUCUAUAUUAAAGAAGUGAAGACAGAAGAAAAUAGCAUAGCAAACGAUAUUGUCAUGGCUGGCGGGUUAUUGGAAAUAGAAAAACCUGUCAAAAUGUUUGACAUGAAGAAAUUCGCUUCCAAUGUGAAUAGAGAACUUAAGAAAGCUUAUCCAGACAGAAGAAAAUUGGAAAGCCAGUGCAUAUCUGCCAUUUGCUUUGUUAAAGACUGUCCAGAACUAUUAGAUUGUUCCUGUUGGGUGAUGGUUAUCAACGUAGUUGCCUUAGAUAUGUUAAGAUCAAAAUUGCCUCCUGUUUCAAAGCGGGCAAGUAUUGAGAAAAUAACUGACCGUCGUCAGAUGCCUCUUCCAACUGAGGAAGAUCCUUAUAGUGUUUUAAAUUCAAGUGAUGGAGCUUCUCAAAGAAUGUCGGAUACUCUGAAGGAGUGUAAACCUCCAAAACUUCCACCUAGAGACUUAAACAGAGUGCCUGUUCCUGUGCCCGACUAUGAUGACUGGAAACGUGAGAAACCCGUGCACAGCAUGCAUCGGCAGUCCGGAGUCAAAGAUGAUCCGUACUACUGCGGCAUGAAAGCUAGGGUUCCCAAUUUUGGAAAGAAAACAUCUACUCAAACUGCUCAACAUCCACUUAAUCCAGUUCCUGUGCGAAAGAGUCAUAGUUCAGGAUAUUUAAGUCUUCUUAGGCAAAGUGAUAAGUCGUCUUCCUAUGAUUCAGGGAGAGAAUCUGAGCCAUUUACCGAUGACGAAUAUUCAAAGCUGUAUGGAAGAAUGAGAACAUUGACUAGUCCUGCAUCUCCAGGUGUUCUGUACGUGGGAGAGUGGGAAUAAACGGUUUUCUUGUUUCAAGAUUUUGAAUUUUGAGCAUCUGAAGACGCAGAUUCCUGGUGAACACUAAGAAAUUGAUGUGAUCUUUUUAUUCUAAACUGACGAACUCGGAUUUGAUAUUGAAAUUUGAGUUUAUAAAAUAUGAAUACACCCUAAUCCUUCCGAAAUUUUGUGUGUACUGUGAAUACAGCAACUAAGACUUCUGCGAAGUGCCCAGACGUAGUAUUUAAACUGAAACGGUUGUGAUGGACCCAGCCAACUGCGAGAAAUUAGACUUGAAGCUUCUAAAUGAGCUUGCCAAUUGUGCCAUUUGUAGGAAAGUUUGAAUUCCCAGAAGUGGGAAUGUAAAUAGGUGGCUUGUACCAUCACGAAAUAGAACAUGAUCGAUUUGUAGUGCUUAUUUUAAUUUUCAAGAAUGUAUUUUAAAAUAAAGCUCUUUUAAAUCUG